CUUUUCUUGGCGCCAUUCUUUAGUUAUUUAUCAUUUUAAUUUGGAUGGCGGAAGCACACAAUCUUUUAGACUUGCCUAAAACCAAAGCAGUUAUCUUAGUUGGAGGUGCUUCUAAAGGUACUCGAUUUCGUCCACUAUCACUUGAUCUCCCCAAACCACUGUUUCCACUGGGAGGUAAGCCUAUGAUAGAACAUCAUAUCGAAGCUUGUGCUCGUGUACCUGGAAUUAUGGAAGUGAUUUUGUUGGGAUUCUAUGAAGAGUCUUUAUUUACAAGUUUUUUGGAGUCUGUCAGUGAAAGGUUUGGUAUUCCUAUGCGUUAUUUAAGAGAGGCCAAGUCUUUGGGAACAGCUGGAGGUCUUAGUCGUUAUGGCAACGCUAUUCUUUCUGGAAACCCCAAGGCAGUUUUCGUUUUACACUGCGAUGUGGGUUGUUCAUUCCCUCUCAUCAAUCUCCUGCGAUUUCAUAUACAAAAAAGUCAGGAAUGUACGAUUCUUGGAAAGGUUGUGGAACCAGAAGAAGCUAGAAAAUACGGUUGUAUGGUGAAGGAUCCGAAUACUUUCGAAUUAUUGCACUAUGCGGAGAAACCUUCAUCCAUAGUAUCUGAACUCAUCAACUGCGGUGUCUAUGUGAUAUCUCCUUGGAUAUUGGAUUACAUCGGUCAGAUACGUACUAAAGGCUCACAAAGUCCCAACAGAGUCAGUUACUAUAUGGAUAGAGAAAACGAUAUCAUUCGAUUGGAACAAGAAGUGAUUAUGCCGUUGGCAGGUAAAGGCAAAAUAUUUGUAUACGAAAUGGAAGGAUUUUGGGCACAAGUUAAAGAACCCAAAGCUGCAUUGCAUUGCUCCGAGUUGUAUUUGGCAUAUUAUAAAGAACAUAAACCGGAAUUGUUGACCACUUCUACGACUUCCUUGAGAGCGCGAAUGGAUGGACUGCUAUUUAUGCGGAAUCAGAAGCCAACAGUUGGGUUACAGGAGACGAGACUGAAUAUUGUGGGAGCAGUCUACAUUCAUCCUUCAGCAAAAGUAGAAAGUAGUGCCAAGAUUGGACCCAAUGUGACCAUCGCUGCUGGAGUAGAGAUAGCUGCUGGUGCGAGGUUGAUGAAUUGUAUUAUAUUGGAAGACGUGAGUGUCAAAGAACAUGCAUUUAUCAGUCAUAGUAUUAUUGGUUGGGGUUCAGUUGUGGGUGCCUGGACUCGAGUACAAGGAACGCCGGAUAAUCCUACUAUAUUUGGAGCUGGAGUCGUCACUGAAGCAGAAAUUGUUGUUCGCAACUGUACAGUAUUGCCACACAAAGCACUCAACGAAAGUUGUCAUCAACAAAUUAUUCUUUAAUGAUUUACAUGUUGGUAUGAUGA